ACUAAACUUGUUUAAUUUGAAAAGAAACUUCAGUUCAGUUGAAGUUCGGUUAAAAUUUUAUGAUCGAGUUUAAAAAUAUGUGUGAAAAUUGAAUAUUGUGUUCAAAUGACCUAUUAAUAUUAUACAAUGUAUUUCGAAAUAGAGAAUACUCCUGAACAUUUAAAAAGGGCCCGGAAAAAAGAAGUCCUUCUUAGAUCUCCUAAGGAAGAGUGCCCGAGACUUAUUUUGGCACCGUUUUCGAAACCUCCUCAAGUUGUUUUUGACAAUGUUUUGAUCGGAAGAACCUGUGAAAGAACAUUAGAGGUUUUUAAUCCUUCAAAAUGCGUCCAACAGAUAAAAUUAGGAAAAGCAACACCUCCUGGUCUCGUAAUAUAUUUGCCAGGUGAAUAUUUGGAAGUUGAGCCAGAAACAUGUUACAAUCUCACAAUGAUGUGGACUCCGAUACAGCCGACUGCACUCAGGGAGACAAUACGUUUUGUUAACGAUGACAGGGGCAGAUAUGAUGUCUUUGUGGUUUUAAAGUCCAUUAUGAAUGUCAAAAGCAAGAAUAAUCAACCGAAGUUUAAAACAUCGCCCGGUAAAAUGAAGAGGAAGUCAGCCAAGAAGUCACCUGUCGCCGUAUAUAAAAAGAAAAUCGAAACAGUUUAUAAUACGACUAAAAUUAAAAAGACAAUACAUGUUGUUGAAUCUCAAGAGUAUCAAGUUCAUGCUAACACAGAGAACAUAUCAUACAACAAUUACUCUAUAGACUCCAACACCAAGAAAUGUCCGUUUGAUUCACCAAAUAGUGCAGAUUUAAAUUUCAAUACGACGGAAAUUUUCUCCAACAUACAAAACAACAAAGGUGUCCUGCAACAGACCUAUGAUAAAACUUACAGUACAGUAAGCAGUGACAAUGCUAAUAUACCGAAUAAUAUCCUGAAACCGUCCAAUAAACAGCAAAAUGAUUCAUCAGCUACUGACAUCUUCGAUAAUUUGACAUUCACACCAUUAAAAAGUCUUCCAUCCAAAAACGACAAACUGAACAAAGGACCCCAAAUUAUAUUAAGCAUGAAUUCAGACAGUGAUUUCGAUGAUAGCUUAAAUAUUAAGGGAAGUAAUAAGGAAAAUGAGACCCACUCCAUUUUAUGCAUCACAUCAUCCCAUCAACCGAACACAUGGCUGACUGUUAAUCACAUGCAAUACGAGAAUAUUAAUCAAUGCAACGAAACACCGACCCUACCAAACAAGAAAAUACCAAAUACUUCGUCUCCUAAAGAUAUAAACAGUCCGAACUUUUCUAUAAACACAGAUUUUUCAAGGAUCAGUGAGUUGUCCUUCUUUCCGCCGCGAUUUUCAACAGAGAGGAAAAUAAUUCCAAAAUUAAAUUCUGACACUCACGAUCUUAUUGACGACUCCAAUGUGAACGUGAGAUUGAGCUCCGACACGUAUACAAAAGACUCGCCAAACACGCCAUUCGAUCAGCAAGUAAAUCAAAUGUAUAUAGACUCGAAACAGCAUUUUAUGAGAGAACAAAACGCUAAGAUGUGUCGUCAAGCACUUUUCAAGGAGUAUCAAAGAGAGAUGAUGGAAAAGAACCAUCCCGCCAAACCUGACAAUUUUGUUUGGCAUCAAGAUUUAAGAUCGGAUAUAAGAUCCCCACCGAGAUCACUCUCGCCCCCUCUGCAGUCGAUACCUGAAGAAAGUGUGCAGUUUUCAGAGACACAGCCAUUUGACAAAACCGAAAAGCAGACAGCAACAUUCACCAUUGACUGCACAUUUGAUAAAACCAAUAAGUCGUCUAUCAUAAGACAAAAUUCUUGGUCAAAGAAGGCCUUAAGAGUAGAACCAGAACUAUGGAAGAUGCCUGUACCAGUGGCAAAGAAACCCACAAACCGAGCCGUCAAAGGGAAUCAGACAUUCGAGGCUAACAAAACCACGAAUAUCUCACUGAAUCAUGUUGGCAACGUGUACUCGCAAUCAUUAACACUCGAUCCUUUUUUAUCAACAACAUACUUCUACGACGAAGGGGCUGUAGAAAAGUUCGAAAAAGAAUUCAAACGUUGGCUGAACUGCAUUCUCACUCCACCAGCAGAUCUCGAUAGUAACGUGGAACAAAAAAUAGACGUGGGCAAAGCUUGGAUAGAAAAUAGGAAUAAGGAGGUUCCAGCGGCGCCGACCAAGGAACAAGUGUGCAGCUUGUACCACAACAGCCAUAGAUUAGAGAGCUUGAGACGAUCAGCGCGAGCCCUUCUGCUGUCACCGGAAAUAUGUCAAGUAUUCACCAAACUACACGUGCAAAUAGAAAAGAAAUUGAUAGCUAUACGCAGCGACAGGAAUCUGCAUUUAGAUGUGGGACUUCAGAAGAUUAUAAUGGAACUUUUGCUCUCCUACAACCCUCUCUGGCUGCGUAUAGGCCUGGAAGCCAUCUACGGUCUCGUAUUGCCUCUUAAGUCGAACAGCGACAUUGAAGGAUUGACCACUUUUAUCGUACACAGAAUGUUUAAGAAUCCAAAUCUCAAAAGCAAAAAUUCCAAAUCGCGAACACCAAAUAUGCUUUCACCGGCUUACAUGGAUGCUAUCAAGAAAUACACACUCAAAAAGUUCUUCAUGCUAGUAUUCUUCUUGGAUCAGGCGAAACAGAAGAAGCUGAUUUCACACGAUCCGUGCCUGUUCUGUAGGAACGCUAUUUGUAAAGAAAGUAGGGAGAUUGUUAUAAGGUUCACGAGAGAGCUGAUCGCUGGUAUCGGGGAUAUAACUAAACACCUUCGUCCGCUGGGCUACGUGGUCAGCCACAAACAGUCCUACUUGGACGAAUACAAAUAUGCCGUUCACAACAUAGCUAUCGACAUAAGAGACGGAGUUAGAUUAACAAAAGUCAUGGAGAUUAUAUUGAUGAAGAACGGCUUGCUGCAUCAGCUGCGAACCCCCGCUAUAUCCCGUCUACAAAAGAUUCAUAACGUUCAAGUGGCAUUGAAUGCUUUGAAAGAGGCCGACUUCGUUAUACUCGGCGACAUAACAGCAACUGACAUAGCCGAUGGUCACAGAGAGAAAACAUUGUCUCUGUUGUGGCAAAUCAUACACGUGUUCAGGGCGCCAUUGUUUGAAAAAGCAGCAAACGUUAUACAGACGUGGUGGAAGAAGAAAUACGAGGUCAUCGUCGAGAAGAAAAGGGAGCAAGAAAGGAUUAUCGCUAAGCAAAAUUACGCUGCGAGCAUUAUUCAGUAUUGGUGGCGCAGGAUCAAGUAUAACCGUAUGGUUGAAUAUAAAAUGUACCAAGUGACUAUGGCCACUAUUGUGAUACAGAAGUACUGCAGGAUGUGGUUGUGUCGUAGCCGAUUGAGGUCAUAUAAAACCAGCGCUUUGAAAAUUGCUAAUUGGUACAAGAAUAUGAAAUUAAUACGUCAAGCCAAACAGGAUUUGCUUAAGCUACGACUGCGGAGGCAAGAAUUGGAAAGGCAAUCAGCUAUAAUCAUACAAACCACAGUUAGACGGUGGCUGUGUGUGAGGAACUACGAGAUGAAAAGGGCGAAAAUUAUCCUGCUUCAAAGCAUCAUUCGCAGAUUUUUGGUCCGGAAAUGGUAUAUCAGUCUAAGAAAAUCCGUUUUGCAAGUCCAACAAAGAUUUAGAGGGAAAUUACUGAUGAGGAAAGAAAUGAAAGCAUUUGCAGAUAUUAAGAAAAGCGCCGUCAUAAUUCAAAGCCAAUUUAGAAUGCUGAGGUCGCGGAAGCAACUCAUCACACUUAAGAAAUCUGUUGCAACAAUCGAAACUUAUUACAAAGCUCUGAUUGGCAUGAGGAUUGAAAGAGAACGCUAUUUAAAAUUGAAAAAUAUCGCAAUUAAAUUGCAAUCGAAUUAUAAAUGUAAGAAAUCACGUGCGGAAUAUUUACGGCAACGUAAUCUCAUAAUAUCGUUACAAAGGAAGCUUCGUGCGCUCCUUGCCAUGAGAGAGGAGAGAAGUAAAUUUAUACGAUUGAAAAAUGCAACAGUCACACUUCAAAACAGAAUGAGAUCAUAUUUGUCUAUGAAGAAAACAAAAGCGCAGUAUGAAAGAUUGCGAAAAUCAGCUAUAAUAAUUCAAAGAGCUUUCAAAUCUUACUUACAAAUGAAAUUAGAUAGAAACGAUUAUCUCAAACUUCGAAGGUCAGCGAUUAUAUUACAGACGCGCUACCGUAGUCUGCUGGCUAUGCGUCGUGACAGAGCAAGUUACUUAAAAAUAAAACAAGCGACUGUAGUCAUUCAGACAAAAUACAGAGCAAUAAUUCUAAUGAGAGAGCAUAGAAGAAGAUUUGAUGAAUUAAAAAGAUCAGCGGUUAUAAUACAGACAAGGUAUAGAGCGACUAUUUUAAUGCGCUCAGAGAGAUCUAAAUAUUUAAAGAUGAAAUCAUCUUGUCAAAUAAUUCAGAAGUUCUACAGAACUUCUACACUUGCAAAACUCGAACGACAGAAUUAUCUCAAACAGAAGACAGCUGUAGUAAAAAUUCAGCAAUGGUAUAGAAGUAGGAAAAGAGGAUUGGAAGUUAGAACAUCAUAUGAAGCAUCUAAAAGAGCCUGUCUUGUUAUCCAGCAAACAUUCAGGGCUUACUUGCUAGGUAGAAAACAGAGGGAAAAAUAUCUUAAAACAAAGGCAGCCACUAUAUACAUCCAAAAAUAUUACAGAAGCGUCUUACUGACUAGAACCAUUAGAAAUAAUUUCGUCCAAAUUAAAACAUCCACUGUGACAAUUCAGAGAUACUAUAGAUCGUAUCUAGAAACUAAAAAACAAAGAAAUGUUUAUCUUAAAAUUAUAAACGCUACACGUGUCAUUCAAAACUAUUACAGGCGUUACCGAGCUAUGAGAACAGUGAGGCAGAAUUAUUGCGCACUUAAAUCAGCAGUUAUAUGCAUUCAAGAAAGAUUCAGAUGUUUGCGUUGUAUGAGACGAGACAGAUCUGUACAUUUGAGUUUAAAAAAAUCUGCUAUUGUGUUGCAAAGACGAUACAGAGCCUUGACAGCGAUGAGGAAAGAAAGGUCCGACUUCAUAAGAAAACGUUCAGCUGCAAUUUAUUUGCAACAGAAGUAUAGAGCUCAUAUUCUCAUGAAAGUAGAGAGGAUGCGGUAUUUAAGCAUUUUGAAUGCCUGCAAACUCAUUCAAACCUACUAUAGAUCGUACAGAGUUGCCGAUGAGCAAAGAAACAAAUAUCUAUUAUUAAAACAAAAAGCAAUUCAAAUUCAAUGGAGAUAUAGAGCUUUAAUAACAAUGAGAAAAGACAGGACCGCCUAUUCGAGUAUGCUGUCAGCAGCCAUCGUCAUUCAGAGAAGAUUCAGAGCUCAUCAGUUAAUGUUACAAGAGAAAUAUAAAUUUAAAAGUAUAUUACGAGCCUGCAUCAGCAUUCAACGGUAUUACAGAGCGUAUUUAGCGAAGCGCGAGCAGAGGAAAUGUUACGUUAGUAUGAAAAAUGCUGCAACUUUAAUUCAGACGAGAUACAGGAAUUUUAGGGAAACUAAGAGAUUACGUAGCCAUUAUGUUGCAUUAAGACAAUCGGCAAUUUUCAUUCAACGUCGAGUCAGAGCUAAAAAUCACGCUCGAGCACUAGCUCGUAAAGAGGCAGCAGAUAAAAUACAGAUAUGGUAUCUAUCUAUCAAACUUCGCAAUCAAUGCCGAUCACAAUACCUGAAUAUCAGAAGGAAUAUAAUUAUCAUACAAUCGCUCUACCGGAAGUAUUCCGCUCGAAAACAAUAUGUAAAGACGCAAACAGCGGCCAUAACUAUACAGAGAUAUUAUCGUUGUUACAAGUUAGCUAAGGCUGAAAGGGAAAAAUACGUCAACUUUAAGACUUCUGUAACUAAAUUACAAGCUUGCAUACGAUGCUUCGUAGACAGAAAACGGUACCUGCGUCUAAGAUCUGUCGCUCUUGUUCUGCAGGCUGUGCAUAGACUGAAAAAACACAGAGCUUUGCUGCAACAACAAAGAAUCAAUGCAGCUAUAUGCAUUCAAAAGAAUGCGAGGCGAUUCUUGGCGCAAUCGUGGUUUAAACGAUAUACCAGACAUGUGACGUUCAUUCAAAGACUGUGGCGAGGAAAGAUUAUAACGAGGGUUGUGCGUAGGGAUUUCUUACACAGGAAAGAAAUUAUCACUAAGAUACAGGCUGCAGCUAGAGGUGUCUUGGUGCGAAGACAAGUUGAAAAUAAAAAGGCGGAGAUCCAAAAGUUGAGAGAGGAGCGAAGAAGAAAUUGGGCUGCUUCUAAAAUACAGGCCCUGUUCCGCGGCCAUCGUGCUCGUAUGGCGGGUGACACUCGCGUGCGUCGGCUGCGUCUUCGUUGGCGGGCUGGCGGGCUACGCUCCACUCAGGAAUCUUUGGCAGAGAGAAAUGAGGAAGCUAUGGAUGUGCUGCGGAACAUGUCCGACAUUGAGACCGUCAUCAGAGCGUUCCGAUCACUCGAACUUCUCACGGAAGUGUUCCCGAUGAUGUACAACUCAAACGCAGCGUCUAUUGUACGCCGAGUCUAUGUCUACAUGUCCGUUACAAACAGAUCUAUUUCUAGCAUAGAGGUAUUGAAAUCUGCUGCCUCGGUCCUAGUUAAUUUGACCAGGUAUAGAGUAACGGGACCCAAAAUAUACGCUAGGGAACGUAUUCCACCAGUGCUAAAGUUCAUGUGGCGAUUUAGUAACAGUGAAACGACAUUGUUUUGUAUAUUGGCAACUUAUUUGUGGCUAUUUUCUAAAUACGAUGAUGUUAAGAAGGAUUUGACCGAGUUUCUGCAAAUGGCAGAAAAUCACAAGAUGUUAGUUACUAUUAAGGGCAACGUUAACAGGAUGAAGAGGAUGACUAGUAACACUAGAAAUAAAUUCAGUACACCGCAGCCAACUAGAUUCGUGUCCCAUACACUAAACCAAUCGGUGAGAGCUAGUGUUAAUACUAGCCACUGUGGUUAUGAGAGCUCUUUGCUGCCGGCCUUGGAACCGGAUUACGGCAUUACCAGAGCUGAUAAACCCCGCUACUUUGAAGACGCGCAAGAAGCAAUAAACUGCCUCUUCGAGACUUAUAAACUUUAAGUUUUAUGUAAUUUGUGCCUAUAAUGUUAGUGACAUGUUUAAAAUUAUGAUUAUAACUAAUGAUAUUAUUAAUGAUAUUAUUAACCUAAUUAUGUAUAAUGUUCUGUGAAUUUUUACGGUUUGUUACGGUCACAAUUAUUAUUUAUUAAAUAAAGUUUUAUA